AUGAAGUCGCCGCUCUUCUGUAUCGUCGCUGCAUCACUCUCGCCUUUGUUCCGUGUCGCGUCGGCCAGACAGCAGACGCAGCACCCAUUUGCAACCGGAUCCAGCACGCGCAACUACACCUUCGUGGUUGACCCCUCUCGGCUGACAGUGAACAACUAUGCAGUCCAUCUCAUGCUCGAGUCCAAUAUCAACCAGGCCACCGAUGGAGGCAUCUACUCAAACCUGCUCAUAAAUCGUGCGUUUCAAGACGACGGCGGCUCCGUCAGAUACUGGGACCAGCUCAGCCCAGACACGGUCUUGGACACGUCUCGCCAUCGACCCCUGUCCAAGGCCCUUCCCACAAGUGCGUUCAUUGCACCAGGCCCUGUCGGCAUCGGAUUUUCGAACCCAGGCUGGCCAGGCGGCAUUGCUGUUCGCGAAACGAAGUACCGUUUCUCGUUCUACGCACGCUUGGACGAGGAAGACCAAAACAAAGACAGGCCCGACACGGUCCAAGUGCCUGUCGAGGUGAGCCUCAAGGUGCAGGACCGUACGACGGGGGCCGACACGAAUAUUACACUCUCGCUCUCGCCUCAGUGGAAACUGUUCGAAGGUACACUCGAGCCGACAGGCAACUUCUCCGAUGGUUUGGGCCGACUGGAAUUCAAGUUGCUCAAGGCGUUGUCCAGGCCGAUCUACUUUUCCCUCUUCUCCCUCUUCCCGCCAAAGUGGCACCACCUGCAUCUGCGAGCCGAUGCAGCCGAGGCGCUGGCUCAAUUGCGUCCGAAGCUCGUCCGGGUGCCGGGCGGGAAUGACCUCGAGGGCCUGAACAUGGGAAGCGCAUUCGAUUGGGAAAAGACAAUCGGGCCUCUGAUCGACCGGCCAGGUCGUCUGCCUUCGUGGCAGGGUACCGGGUGGAAUACCGAGUCGUUUGGGCUGCACGAGAUGCUCGACAUGAUUGAGCAGUUCGGCGCUGAGGCUUGCCUGGGCCUGUUUGCGGGAACAUCGCUCGACGGCAGCGCAGCAUACGGGCGCGACAUGGACGACGUCGCUCGCCACGCCAUUGACGAACUUCAUUACAUCACGGACGAACAAGGGCCCUGGGCCGACAAACGAGCACAAAAUGGCCGCAAGAAGCCUUGGAGCUUGCACGUUGUCCAGCUCGGCAACGGGGAAAAUUACUACCCGCACAACAACUCCUACCAGUCUCGCUUCAACGUCAUGCAAGAGUCCAUCAUACGAGAAUUUGGCACGGGCCGAUUCGAAAUCAUGUCUGCAGCGAGCGCAAUUAAGAAUUACACUGCGGUGGACAUCCACGACUACAAUUCGCCCCAGUGGUUCCGGGACAACUACGACCGGCUUGAUCACUGGCCUCGAAGCGACACACGGAUCUACGAGCUCGAGAUGGCCGUGCUGCACAACCAGGAAGCCAACCUCAGUCCGCCCAACUGGGGCGGCUCGCUCUCUGAGUGCAUUUACAUGCUCGGCCUAGAGAGGAACGGCGAUCUAUGCUACGGCUCAGCCUAUGCGCCCUCCGUGACCUCCUUUGCCUACAAUCCAAACGCGGCAAACGUCGUGGCAAUCGGGCCUGCCAAAAUUUCGAGAUCGACCUCUUACUUUUGCCAACAGGCCUUUUCCCUCUUUCCAGCGACGCACAACGCUGCUCAUCACUGGCUCAACCAGUCACUCGAGGUGGUUGGCCCAUAUUCCACGCACGACUACCCUCUCCGGCAGACACAAGGUGGAUUUAUAAGAAAAAAAGAUCAGAAGCUGGUCCAGGUACAGGACCGGCCGUUCAACAGUCAGAGCGAGACCCAGGACAUGUCUUCAGAAUGGCGCGACAGCGUGAUCGAUAAGAAGCUCGACCUCUACAAGAGCGUGGGCGUCAACAAAGAAACGGGCCAGCUCGUCGUUCGCUUGGUCAAUUUUUCCUCCAAAGAUUGCGACAUUCACAUACAGCUGGACCCUUCUUCUCCGGUCCACUUCGCUGGUGAUCAGGGAGGUGAACCCGACGUCCGCUGGACCCUACAGAGCGAAGAUCUUGAGAGUGAAAACACACCCGCAAGGGGCGAAUUGGUCAGACCACGAAAGCGCAGCUUGCAACCAGGGGAGAGAGGUCAGCGCGAAAUAAAUCUGCAUCUGGAGCCUUACGCCCUCGAUGUGGUCACUGUCGGUUUGUCAGGCUUGUUUUGA